AGGGAUUCCGAGUCAGGGCAAAGUGGCAGAGCAUGCAUGUGAUCAAGACUUUUUGUUGCGAGUAUCACCACGGUCACAAGAAGCCUUGUACAUGAGUUGGGAGUGAUUGACAGCAAUAAAGAUCAGUCCAGACCACAAAAGUAUCAGAGCAGGCAAAUAAUUCACCUACAAUGACGACCAACGACGAAAGCGUCCCCAAUACCAAUACCAACAGAAUCAAGGGACCCAAGGUUUGGCUCGUGACCGGCUGCUCAACUGGUCUUGGAAAAUGUCUAGUCUCGGCGAUUCUAGCGAGAGGUGACAAGGUCAUUGCCACAGCUCGAAAACUCUCCGCCCUAGAGGAAUUGAAUGGCCUCGACCACGUGAAAAUACUUUCACUGGACGUCACAUCACCACAGAGCGUGCUUGACUCAAAAGUCCGAGAAGCCUGUUCGCUCUUUGGAAGAGUUGACGUUCUGGUAAACAACGCAGGUUAUGUCGAGUCCGGUGUUUGGGAAGAACUCGAUCACGAAAAUACCGUACGCGGGUUCGAGACCAACUUCUUUGGAGCCAUGAAAGUCACUCGAGCUAUUCUCCCCUUUAUGCGAUCUCAAAGGUUCGGUACCAUAAUGUUUAUGGGAAGCAUUGCAGGAUGGUAUAGCGCAGCAGCAGGUGGACUCUAUGCUUCAUCGAAAUGUGCGCUAGAAGGGGCUGCUGAAUCGUUAUCGAGAGAGGUUCAAAACCUCGGCAUCCGAACGCAUAUCUUUAUAAUUGGCCGCUUUCGCACAGGCAUUCUCGGUGAAAAGAGCAAGAACGACAAGUUGAGUACCCAGCAAGGCAUAGCAGACUAUAUAGACGCAAAGAACUCCCUGGCGCAAAGUCUAGCUGCUUCGCACGGCAAUCAGCCAGGCGAUCCUGUGAGAGCCGCGGAGAAGAUUGUCGAUAUUGGAAGAAUGGAGAACCUUACUUCGAGCCAGGCAGAAAGCUUGCCAUUACGUAUUCCUCUAGGGGCGGAGGCAGCGGAGGUGAUGAGACAGAAAUCUUUGGACACUCUUGCCCUUCUUGAUACGUGGUCUCAGUUUAGCGCAGAGGCAGAUUUUGAAAAUGCUGAAAGAUUGCCUGCGUUCUAUUCAUAACGAAAUAAGGCGAACCUGAAUAUAUCUCAUUAUCUGUUAUAUUUAACCUCCAACUCUUAGAGUGUGCAUCUAAUUAUCAAGGC